AUGGUGCCAUACCCUGCACAAGGAAGUAUCAAUCCUCUAAUGCAGUUGGCCCACCUGCUCUCCGAAAGGGGAUUCUUCAUCACCUUCGUUAAUACGGAGUGGUGCCACAGCCGCAUGUUAGAUGCUGGUGGGCAUGCUUAUCAACAAGCGACUGAAGGGUUUCGGUUUUUGACACUCCCGGACGGCUUAACGGCUGAAUAUGAUCGUCUUAGUCUUACUGAUCUUGUUGGUUAUGUGACUGCACUGGGGAAUUUAGCCCCUGUUUUGGAGCAGCAUCUUGUUGCCACUCUUUCGGAAGAUGUCCCUCCCAUCACAUGUAUCAUCUGUGAAAGCUAUAUGUCUUUCACUUACCAGGUAGCCCUAAAUCUCCGAGUGCCCAGAGUUGUCUUCUGGACGAUGUGCGCGGCCUUGUCUAUUUCGCAGUUUAAAGCAGAGUUACUUCUCUCGCGGGGACACAUUCCUGUGAGAUUGGGAGAAGCGAAGAAGCCGGAGAAUUUGAUCACCUGUUUGCCGGGUAAUCUCCCACCUCUAUUGCCGACCGAUCUCAUUUCCUUCUACCGUGCUGAGAGUGCCUCGGAUGCUUUAGUCAAAAGAUAUCUGUAUGAAAGCCAAAUGCAAAACAAAGGAGAUUAUGUGCUGGUGAACACGGUGGAGGAGUUGGAAGGGAGGGAAGCAGUAGCAGCACUGUCUAUAAACGGGUGUCCUUCUGUGGCUGUGGGUCCUCUCUUUCUUCCCAAUUUUCUGGCUCACAGAGAUGUCCUUCGGUCCACAAGUAUGUUCGCAGAGGACGAGAGCUGUCUCCAAUGGUUGGAUGUGCAGCAGCAAGCUUCAGUGAUUUAUGUUUCCUUUGGCAGCGCCGCCCUCAAAUCAAACCAACAGCUCGAAGAGAUUGCUCUGGGUUUGGAAAGCAGCCAGAAGCCUUUUCUGUGGGUUUUGCGAAAGGAUAUUGCACAAGGGAAGCCUGGUAUUUUGCCCCAUGGGUUCUUAGAACGGAUCAGAGAGAGAGGGCUGAUUGUGAGAUGGGCGCCGCAGGUGAAGGUGCUGUCCCAUCCUUCCGUUAGGGCAUUUCUUACCCACAGCGGAUGGAACUCUGUGAUGGAGAGCAUUAGCUUCGGAAUUCCUAUGCUGGGAUGGCCAUCUUUUAUGGAUCAGUUUCUCAAUUGCAGAUUCGUGAAGGAUGUGUGGAAGAUUGGGAUGGACUUUGAGGGCGUGGAUGUUGAUGAAAAUAGGUUUAUUACGAGAGAAGAGGUGGAGAAAGGGGUGAGAAGGAUUAUGGAAUGUGAGGAGGAGAGGCAACGGGUGUUGAAAUUGAAGGAGGCAGCAGUUAAAGCAGUUAGCCCAGGUGGUUCUUCCUUCCUCGGCCUGGACAAAUUUGAACAAGACAUUGCCGAAAUUGCCAAAUCAUUCGCCCGUUGA